GCCAUUGCGAGCAGCGCCUUUCAGUCUAAUACAGAGACACUCAGUUUAAGUAUUUAUUGUUUGAAGGGAAUCGUGUACAAAAGCUAUUUCAAAUAAUUCCAAACGAAAUAAAGAAUUACAUUUAUGUAUUUACUUUUGUUUUACACUGAUAUAAGCAAUUGGCAGGAUCUACAUUUGGAAUGGAGAAUGUUCUGUUAAUUCUGCCAGAUGGAGCUCCAGUUAAAAAAAAAAAAAGAACCUUUUAAAUGAAACAGGGUUUUCUUCUAAUUUGCCACUUCUCUUUCUUUUUGCUUGAGGUCUUUUUACAGUUAAAAAAAAAGUCCUGAAUAAUUCCGAGUUUCCCUUUGGAGGUAGAAGAAAGAUUCUGAUGCUAACUUGUCGUUAUCAGAUUGAUGGGCCGGGUUUGAUUGAAGUCUCUUUGUCAUGCAAAUGUCACUGGGGCAUGAUGGAUGGGGGCCCAGAUAUCUGACAAGCUUCAGGAGGUCCACAGCCAUUGGUCCCUAGAGAAUCACGUGUGCUCUGGGUGAGAGACAGAGGGGUUUGAAGCCUGGCAAGGCAUGGAUGGAAGUUUACAGAUUUGACAUACUACCUAAAGGUUGUAGGGCAGAAGGAAUCCCCGAAAAACAGGUUGACCCUCCUCCAUCACUGGCAGAUGGACAAUACCAGAAUGAGUUCCUUUCUGGACUAUGCAAUUUGUAACCGUGGGACGAGCGCCUACUCACCCAGAGGAUACCAUCAUUUUGACCAAGGGACACCCGCCUUCCCUGCUUGCCCCAGUGCCAAUGACAUUUAUAAUGGGGAUGGAAGGUUUGUUGUUGGAGGGGGAAGUGGUUCCAUCCCAAGCCAUCUCCACCAGCAGAACCCCAGUUACCCUCACCAGCCCAGCGCUGGAGUCCCCUAUGCCAACCCCUUAACAAGUUACACCCCACAAACUUGCAACCAGCCUUAUGGACACCAGGCAUAUGCCAGCCAAGAAGCAGAUGGCAUUUAUUAUCAACAAACAGCCUACUGCUCCAACACUGGACCCAACUCCAACUCUUUUUCUGAUGGCUACUGUGGAGCUGUACCAGGGCCUGUCCAGUACCAACAGCACCCUUAUGGGCAGGAGCACCAGGGGCUGAUCCAAGCCUACAACAACCCUCCGUCUAUACUGCACGAGGAGAAGGAGCCCUCCUGUCCUCCAGAUCAAGCUCUACCCAACCACACCUUUGACUGGAUGAAAGUAAAGAGAAAUCCACCCAAAACAACCAAACCGGUGGACUUUGGACUCAGUGCCCAACAAAACACCAUCAGGACCAACUUCACGACCAAACAACUGACAGAGCUGGAGAAGGAAUUCCAUUUUAACAAGUACUUGACCCGGGCCAGGAGAGUAGAGAUCGCAGCCACUCUAGAACUGAACGAAACCCAGGUGAAAAUCUGGUUCCAGAACCGGAGAAUGAAGCAGAAGAAACGAGAAAGAGAAGGACUGGCCCCGGGUGCCAUGAAGGGCUCCAUGAAAGAGAAUGGGGAGAUUUCAGACCUGUCCAGUUCUACAUCUCCAGAUGCCUCUCCCAACUCAGUGUAGCCACAUGCAAUGGACAUAAAGGAAAGCACACAUAGAUGUUGUAUAUAUUUUAUUUUCUUCUACAGAUUCCUUCCUAUUUAUAUACAAGAUUAGUCUACAGGGUCGUCACUGUAUCCGCGGAACACAAGGACAAGAACUGCCCGUUCCUCUCAGGGAACCUCAGAAUUCAGGGGACACGCACUUGGAGAAAUAUCCAUGAGCUCCUGUCUGAUCCAAAUGUGGCCUAUUUAUCCUUAUCUCCCUAUGUGGCUGUACAGGAGAGAAGCAUAUGGGGGUAGAGUUCCUUCCUUCUGUAAUAGAAACUAAGCGCUGGCUUAAUUGUAUUUGUAAUUAUAUCAUGAAUGUUUUAGGGUUUGAUAAUAUUUGAUUUAAAUAUUGGAACAAGAUACAUUUUAGAGAAAAAAUACAGGUGUGCAUUAUUUUAAAAAUAUUCUGUUGUUGCACCUACACUAUACUGGACUGGUUGGCUAUAUGGAGGGGGGGAGGGGUUAAAGGUAUUCCAAGCAGGGAUGACAUAGCAGUCCUACAAAGGAAAAAAUGGAAGCCACUAUUAAGCACAUGUAUCUCUUUCUGUGCAGUUAGCACCUCUAGUAGCUACUGGGGCUGUGGACAACAGGUAUAGUAGGGAGAGAUGGUGCCUAUAGUAGCAGUGGGAUAAUAGUCUCUGGGAAGGGAGUGUGACUGUGGGAUAGCAGGUAUAGUAGGGAGAGAGAUGGUGCCUAUAGUAACAGUGGGGA